AUUUACUUUGCCCGGUUUUGUUGACAAAACGACCACUUGGAAACGAGAAUCUUGAAAACAUGAAACUGUUCAGAUUUUCAUUUAUAAAAACUUGUAAAGUUUUCAAAUAAUGAAGAUUAUCCUCGUGGUUUUCUUGCCUAUUGGCACUGUACCCCUACUCUGCCAGUGUUUAUUCAGCCCCAGUGACCAUGAAAUGUUAGCUCGUUCUUCAUCCUCCCCCUCCUCUCCCUCUUCAGAAAAGUGGGGGUCAUGGGUCUUCUGGCUUGCCAAUAGACUUGGCAUGACGGGAGCGGUUUGCAAAAAACACAGGCCUUCUACAUUCCGGACAUCUGUCAAAAUGCUAUUCUGGAGGUUGGUUUUGGUCCUGGAAAAUUGCAGAGAGAUCAUUUUCGGGGAGCAAGAGAGGGUGCUUCAUAUCUGAUCAUGGGGCAGGAGUUUGGUCAGGCUGUGGGCAUUCCAGACAUGAACUCGAGUUCAUUCCCUUACGAGGACCCGGGACGAUUCCUAACUUUCCAUUGGUUCAAACAUAACAUCAUGUGCAGAGACCAUCUGUGGAUCUGCGAACCGAACAGCCUGAGGCGUCAUCUCGAGUAUUCCAUGCUGAGAGAAGAUAUUCUGAAGAGCUCUGACGACAGUACAAGUGGGUCCAAAGAUGAAUGGCAGCCUAGACACAGAGCCAGAUACAACAGCUUUGGAUUCAGAAAAGACCGAAAAUACGAGUUGAGAAGACGACGAAUUUUGUCGACGAUUAGAAUGCGGCAGAAUUUUAGCAGAUACUCGCAUCUUAACAAAUGCUCAUGAUCAGUUUUUGACUCUUCAUUUGGUAUUAUAGCUAACUUUAUAGUGAG